GCUUGUGCAGCAAUAAUCUGCCAAUAGCGAGCCUGCUGAGGUGGGGAGCGAGCGAGCACAAGCACAUACUAUACAGCGUGCGAAGCUCGUGUUUAUAUGUAAUAUGUGAGCGGCAGGAAGCAGCUCGCUCUGCUCAUUGCAGAAGGACGGCAGGAUGGCGAGAGGACGGCGGGGUCUCGUGGCCCCUCAGAACACGUUUCUAGAGAACAUCGUCCGCCGGUCCAACGAUACCAAUUUUGUGCUGGGAAACGCUCAGAUCGUGGAGUGGCCAAUCGUCUAUAGCAAUGAUGGCUUCUGUAAACUCUCUGGCUACCAUCGUGCUGAGGUCAUGCAAAAGAGCAGCACCUGCAGCUUCAUGUAUGGAGAGCUGACAGACAAGGAAAUGAGUGAGAAGGUUCGACAGACCUUUGAGAACUACGAGAUGAACUCUUUUGAGAUUCUGAUGUACAAGAAAAACCGGUGGGGUAAAUUUGCUCGUUUGACUCGUGCACUAACCAGCAGUCGAGGAGUUCUUCAGCAGCUUGCCCCAGCUGUCCAUAAAGGAGAGAAUGUUCAUAAACAUUCACGCCUGGCAGAGGUUCUCCAGCUGGGUUCAGAUAUCUUGCCUCAGUACAAACAGGAAACCCCAAAGACACCACCACACAUCAUUCUCCACUACUGCCUUUUCAAGACCACGUGGGACUGGGUUAUCCUCAUCCUGACAUUCUACACUGCUAUCAUGGUGCCCUACAAUGUCUCGUUUAAGACCAAGCAGAACAAUGUCACCUGGCUGGUGGUGGACAGCAUUGUGGAUGUCAUCUUCCUCGUGGACAUUGUCCUCAAUUUCCACACUACGUUUGUUGGUCCAGCUGGAGAGGUUAUCUCUGAUCCCAAACUAAUUCGCAUGAACUAUGUCAAAACCUGGUUUGUCAUCGACCUCUUGUCCUGCUUGCCUUAUGAUGUUAUCAACGCUUUUGAGAAUGUGGAUGAGGGAAUCAGCAGCCUUUUUAGCUCUCUCAAAGUGGUACGUCUGCUGCGUUUGGGUCGAGUUGCCAGAAAGCUGGAUCAUUACAUUGAGUAUGGCGCUGCUGUGCUGGUUUUGCUGGUUUGUGUGUUUGGCCUGGCAGCCCACUGGCUGGCCUGUAUCUGGUACAGCAUCGGAUACUAUGAGGUGAUUGAUGAGAACACCAACACUGUGAGGAUGGACAGCUGGUUGUACCUGUUAGGAGAGACAGUUGGGACGCCAUACAGAUUCAAUGCCUCGAGCUCAGGCAUCUGGGAGGGCGGGCCCGGUAAAGACUCAGCCUACAUCACUUCGUUGUACUUUACCAUGACCAGUCUGACCAGUAUUGGCUUUGGAAACAUAGCACCAAACACAGAUGGAGAGAAGAUCUUUGCUGUAGCCAUGAUGAUGAUUGGAUCGCUGCUGUAUGCCACCAUUUUUGGUAACGUCACCACCAUCUUCCAGCAGAUGUAUGCCAACACCAACAGGUACCAUGAGAUGCUCAACAGUGUGAGAGACUUCCUCAAGCUCUACCAGGUCCCUAAAGGCCUGAGUGAGCGUGUGAUGGACUACAUUGUGUCCACCUGGUCCAUGUCAAGAGGCAUUGAUACUGACAAGGUGCUGCAGAUUUGUCCAAAGGACAUGCGAGCAGACAUCUGUGUCCACCUCAACAGGAAGGUGUUUAAGGAACACCCAGCAUUUCGCCUGGCCAGUGAUGGCUGCCUGCGGGCUCUGGCCAUGGAGUUUCAGACCAUCCACAGUGCCCCUGGUGACCUUAUCUAUCAUGCUGGAGAGAGCGUGGACAGCCUUUGCUUCGUCGUGUCAGGAUCGCUGGAGGUCAUCCAGGACGAUGAGGUGGUGGCCAUUUUAGGUAAAGGUGAUGUGUUUGGUGACGUGUUCUGGAAGGAGAUGACACUGGCUCAGUCCUGUGCUAAUGUCCGAGCAUUGACCUACUGUGACCUCCAUAUAAUCAAAAGAGAUGCGCUGCAAAAAGUUCUGGAGUUUUACGCCAACUUUGCAAACCACUUUGCCAAGAACCUGGUGCUUACUUACAACCUGAGGAAGAGGAUUGUCUUUCGGAAGAUCAGUGAUGUGAAACGUGAAGAGGAAGAGAUGCUGAAAAGGAAGAAUGAGGCUCCUCUCAACCUCCCACCAGACCACCCAGUUCGACGACUCUUUCAGCGUUUCCGGCAGCAGAAGGAAGCCCGUCUCGCUGCUGAGCGGGGUAGUCAGGCCACUGGUGAUGUCGAGAAAGGUGUUAUUCACCUGGAGCCAUCCAGAGGUCCAGAGAGGCUUGCCUCUACUAGUAUUGUCAUAGUAACUGAGAACCAAACUGCAACCACCAGUUCCUCCACAUCUUCAUCAUCCAGGGCAUCCAGCCAAGCCAUGUUUCAUGUUCCCGGCAUCCAAAAUGGCAGCCUAACUGGUUGCAAAUCUGCAGAGCCACCCAAAGCUAAAGGGUGGGGACGUUUCAAAGAGUCAGUUGUGAAAGCUGAGUCGUGGAGCAGUGUCUCCAAGGCUGAGUCCAUGGAAAUGCUGACUGAUAGAACUAAGUGUCACAACGAGGUGUCUCUAAGGAAAACAGAUUCAUGUGACAGUGGCAUCACAAAGAGUGAUCUCCGCUUAGAUAAUGUUGGCAGUGUCAGAACACCACAGGAGCGGAGCCCAGUCCAGUCUGAUGAAAAGAGGGUCUUUUGUCCAAUACCAGAGCAGAGUGUGCAAGCGUCUAUCCUCGAGUUCAAACAAGAAUUAAAAGGAGACAUCAGAAAUCUGAACAGUCGCAUGACAGUGCUGGAGACACAGCUUACAGAGGUGCUACGACUUCUUAAAUCAAGGAAAUCAUCUGGGUCCUUUUUCGAGUUCUCUCGGCCACCAUCUCCUGACUCUGAUAAGGACAGCUUUAAUUAAAUUAGAUGGCUCAGAUACAUACAUAAUUGUGGUUAAUGAUGAUUCAUCAUUGUCAUAUCAUACUCAGCAUGCUCAUCCUAUGCUGUCUGUAUGGUAUCAUAUACCAUAUGAUACCUGGGACAUAAAGACAGCAAAAGCACCUUUUAUGUUUUCAGCAUUACGUUUCUUUUUGAGAUAGUCAGGUCCAUAAAUAUUGGGACACCGACACAAUUCUAACAUUUCUGGCUCUAUACACCACCACAAUGGAUUUCAAUGGAAUGAUACGAGCAAGAUGUGCUUUAACUGCAGACUGUCAACUUUUAUUUGAGGGUAUUUAUAUCCAAAUCAGGUGAACAGUUUGCAUAUGUGCCUCCCAAAAGUAAUGGGACAGAAUAAGAAUCAUAGAUCAAACUUUCACGUUUUAAUUCUUGGUUGCAAAUCCUUUGCAGUCAAAUACAGCACACACAUAGACAUCACCAGACGCUGGGUUUCAUCUCUGGUGAUGCUCUGCCAGGCCUCUACUGCAACCGUCUUCAGUUCCUGCUUGUUCUUGGGGCAUUUUCCCUUCAGUUUUGUCUUCAGCAAGUGAAAUGCAUGGCAUAUUUUAACCUGUGCUGCUUUUGUCAACAGUCACAUCAUCAAAUACAAGAGAACGCGUUCCACUGGCAGCCAUACAUGCCCACGCCAUGACACUACCACCACCAUGCUUCACUGAUGAGGUGGUAUGCUUAGGAUCAUGAGCAGUUCCUUGAUCUUGGUGUCAUCUGUCCAUAGGAUGUUGUUCCAGAACUGUGAAGGAUUUUUAGAGGGUGUUUGGCAAAAUCUAAUCUGGCCUUCCUGUUUUUGGGGCCCACCAAUGGUUUACAUCUUGUGGUGAACCCUCUGUAUUCACACUGGUGAAGUCUUCUCUUGAUUAUUGACUUUGACACACAUAAACCUAAGCGUUUUUUUAUUCCCACCCUAUUCCCACCUACUAAUAAUCUGAAUACAUAUUGUUUGUGCAUCACAAGGCUGUAGUUUUACCUGUGGCAUGUGAGGUGACUUCAAGAUGCAAAUUAGACAAAAAAAGUGAAGUGGUACAGAAUACUCUAGACAGCUAUCAUAUUUAAAGCAAGGGCCACAAAAGUUAACUUGGUAAGCUUUUACUUUAACGAGAUGAUCAGAGCCAACUUGCUAAUGCUGGUGCUAUCUUGACCAUAUUGUCAAUAUAGAACACUUUGUUUUUCCGUUUUGCUUAGAAAGGCCCUCACUGUAGCUUGUAUUUAGGGUGGUGUAGGAGGCAACUUUUCUGUUUCUGGUUACUUUUUUCAUUCUAGAAAAUAGAUAAGGAUAGGAUUUUUAUAAAGUAUAUGAUGUUGGUGUUCUGAGCUGGUUUUAACUGACCUUAUGUCAUAAACUUUGUCUUUGACUUUUUGUAGAAUCCUAUGUGUUUCUAAAAUACAUGCAGAGAACCACGUUUUGGCAAGUAUUGUACACUUAUUAAACUACUGAUUUGUUUGUAAA